GCUUAAGAUUCAAAGACCACGUCCUAAAAACAAAACCUUAACUAAGGGACGUGGCAACCACCUUCAAAUACCUUUUUCCGGCAACUAGUUGUUAAGUCACAUAUAUACAGAGAAACCUUCAACGUUGAAAUUCAAGUUUCUUCUUAAUAAAUUCUAUGUAUACAUACAUGUUAAUUUGUCACAUAGAAUAGAACCAUAUCAAGACAAAUGGGUUUAGAACACAAAACCAAAAAUCUCUUCCAUUUGUUUGCAUCUUCAAUAACACCUAGAGAAAUUUUUUACUUCUUCACACACACACUUCUAAGCCUCUUCCUACCCCUCUCAUUUCUUCUUCUUGCUAAACUCUUAGAAAUUCAAUACUAUCUUCAACGCAUUAAUUUUUGGCAUCAAAAAUAUUAUUACUCAUCACCACAAAACUUUUCCUAUAUUUUAAAACUUGCCCUUCAUAUAAACCCUUUUAUUCUCUACUUUCUAGUAUUCAUUAUAAGCAUAUCUUCAUUGAUCCAUGCCUUAACCAACAAAAUUAUAAAUUUGAGUAAUAAUUCAUUGACAUCAUCAUGUUCAAGCAACAUUGUUCGACCUCGUCUUUAUAUUGCAUGGAUUCUCCUUUGUGUUUUCCAAGUUUGUGUUGGUUUAGGAAUUGAAGGAAGCAUUUUGGUUGGUUUAUAUGACUCUGAAUCGUCCAGUUUUGGUGUUGAAAGGAGUUUCUUGAGCAGAGUUGUUUUUUUAUUGGGAUUGCAUGAAACAACAAGAGUUUGGUGUAGAAUGGUUGUAAAGCCAGUGGUGGAUGACACGGUUUUUGGGGGUGUAAUUAGGAAAGAAAGAUGGGUUGAGAAAUUGGGUGUGGAUAUGUGUUUAGGAAUUUUAUGGUGGUGGAAAUUGAGGGAUGAUGUUGAGAAUUUGGUGGUUAUGAGUGAGGCAAAGAAAGAUCAAUUGAUGGAUGUUGGAAUUAAUGAUUUUGUUGGGUGGUGUUUGUAUUAUUUGACUGUAACAAUUGGGAUGGUAAAGGUUGUAAAGGGUCUUAUGUGGAUUUUGGCAAUGAUUUGUCCUUGUAGAAGGGAAAUGGGGGUUUCUAUGGUGGAACAUAGUGAGAAUGAUGAUAAAGUAUAAAUAAUUUUUUUUAUUUUUUAUUUUGUAAAUCUUGUAUACUCUAUGCAGAACUUCAAAAAUCAAUCUUUGGAGUAGGACUACAAGGGACAUUAAAGCUCCAAUGGUCUAAUUGUAUUUUUAUUCUUUUCUUCUUAUUUAUUUUGUCCUUACUCUCCAA